CUGUUACAAUAGUUACAUUUAUUGCUUCAGUUGAAAAAUGAUCUCUUAAAUGAUUUUUAAAAACAUUCUAUAUCAUGACGGACCAUAUCAUUCGCACAUUUCAAGAAUCAUACGAAUCUGGCUUGUUGAAACCAAAUCAACUUGAUGACACAGGUUUAUCGUUAUCACACAAAAUGGCUGCUGAUGGAGAACUAACAUGUCUAAAAUUAUUGAUAAACUUUGGUGGAGAUCCCUGUUUGCGAUCUAGCACUGGUGCAACUCCUGCACAUUUUGCUGCAUCUAACGGUCAUUUGCAUAUUCUACAAUAUUUGCACGAAAUUAACAAAGACGCAGUAUCGCUAAAGGACAAUACUCAUGUAACACCAUUGUACAUAGCAGCUCAAGAAGGUCAACUUGAUUGUUUAAUUUGGUUAAUUAAAAAUUCUUCGACUUCUCCUAAUGUAAAAACUAUAAACGGAAUGACUCCUUGUCACGUAGCAUCUCAAGAGGGCAAGUUAGAGUGUCUUCGGUAUUUGCUUAAAGCAGCUCAUGCUGUUUUUAGUAAAGACAAUGAAGGUAGAUCUUUCCUUCAUUACGCAGCCGCAGAGGGUCAUUCUAAAGUUAUUCAAUGGUUAAUUAAACAUUGUGGACUUAAUCCGGAUGAAAAAGAUAAAACCUUUACUACUCCUCUUCAUAUAGCAGCUUGGUGUGGACACGACAAAGCAAUUGAAACAUUAAUUGCGUGUGGCGCAAAUGUCGAUUGUGUUGACAGCUCAAACAAAAAGCCAUUGGAUUACGCUAAAACGCUAGGGAAAAAAAGCACUGCAAACAUACUUUUUGAAGCCAUGUCAAAAGCUACAGAACAUAAUUCCCUCAAACGUGUUCGUUUUGAAGAACAUCAACCAGCUUCUAAGAAAAUACUAACAUUGAAAUCAAAAGAAAAAAAUAGAAUGAUGGUCAACGAUGAAAUAAUGUUUCAGUUUGACACGUGGUCAGAUUCAUCAACGACGAAAAAUAAAAGAAAUAAACGAGAAUUGUACAAAACUUCUAAUAAUCUUUUUAAACAUAACUUAAAUGAUGACUUUGAUCAAAUUAAUAUUGGAAAGUUUAAGAUGCAAAAAAAUAAUAAUAUAUUCUUAGACAGUCCAGCCAUGAUUAGUAAAUACAAAAAUAAUGUAACAGAUAAUGGCAAGCAAUCAACCACCAGACAAUUCGAAGAAAGGUUAAAGCAUAUUGACCAUAAUUCUACAAAACACAAUAAUACGCUAUGUUCUCAAACAAGUUUUUCAAAUCGUCCUGCUUCAAAAUCAAAUAAAAAUAAUAUCAACUUACCGAGUGAAUUGCCUAGACAAUCAUCAAAAUUAAAUAGACAUUUUAUAAACAAAAGUUAUUUAUGUGAUAGUAACUUAGUUAACUUUUCUGACGACAACGAUAAAUAUAAAGAAAUACAAGAAAGAUCUAAUUAUCAUAAACGUGAUGUGAUAAAUUAUAAAAAAGAUAUUGAAACAGCUAAUAAUUUAAAACAAUCUGAAUUUUUAACAGUAUCCGAUUUCAAUGAAAAAACAAAUUAUAUUCCACAGUCGUAUUAUAAAAAAAAAUUGCAAAGUGAUAACAUAAUAAACAAUAAAUAUCAUAACUCAACAAAAUAUACAAGAGAAACUUUGACGCCAAAAAUAAAACCAAACAAUCACCAGAGUGUACCAUAUAGUUUACACGAAUUAAAACUUAAACGCAGUAACAAUAGAUUAACAAACAUUGAAUAUAACAAGGUUGUAUCACGAGAUUUGGAUAUAACUCCUGCAAGAGAAUCUGAGAAAUUUGAGUUUUUCUCUAGCAAUUUAGUCAAUAACAAAAAGCAGAGUAAUUGGUCAAAUAUUCGUAACGGCUUAACAUCGUUUUUUACGGGUUUACGAUCAAAACCAACCAAUCAAAAUCAGGAUAAAUUCAAGACGCUUGUAACUCGCGCUCCUCGAGAGGAUAUAUUUAGUCGCUUUAAUAAGCCAAAUAAAUCUUCUAGAAUUGAGUUUCAUGAUUUGUUUAAUUCGUCAACAGUAGGAACUUAUACAAUUAAUAAUGCAUCUCGUCUGACACCGGCAAACGAAAAUCGCCAUUUAACCUUUGACGAUUUUUCAAGAGUAAAAAGUCGAGCGUUAGAUACUUCUUUAAGAGGUAAAAACAAAAUUUUUGAGGAACAUAUUGAAAUCCAAGAAAAGCAGGCGAGUGGAGAUAAAUUAACUGGAAGCGCAUUUAUUUGGUAAUUGGAUAGAUAUUUAUUUUUUCUCCCUUAUUUUUUACAUUUUUUACCACCGAGUUUGAUUUU